GUGGUGCAAUUUUCAAAAUAUUAGAAAAUUUUUCCCUCGUGUAAACGGCAAGUCGGAGCUACAAUGGGAAAAAAGAGGAAAAAUGUAUCUACGGAGGAAAAGAAAGAACCUGAACUACCCCCAGCUGUACGAAGUUCGGACGAACCACCAGUUAAAAAGGGUAAAUGGACAAACAAGCAAAGAGUUUUGAUUUUUUCUUCAAGAGGAAUUACAUAUCGAGAUAGACAUCUUAUGCAAAAUUUAAGAACUCUCUUACCACAUUCCAAAUCAGAAUGUAAGAUGGAAAAGAAAGACUCAUUAACUGUAAUCAAUGAGAUAUGUGAAAUGAAGAAUUGCUCAAAAUGCAUUUAUUUUGAAAAUAAGAAGAGGAAAGAUUUAUAUAUGUGGAUAUCAAAUGUCCCAUCUGGUCCAUCAGCUAAAUUUUUAGUUGAAAACACUCAUACUAUGGAAGAAUUAAAAUUAACAGGAAACUGUUUAAAGGGCUCCAGACCAAUUGUUUCUUUUGAUAAAAAUUUUAAAUCACAACCAUAUUUGAAUCUUUUACAAGAAUUAUUUAAACAGGUAUUUUCUACACCUAAUCAUCAUCCUAAAAGUCAACCAUUUAUUGAUCAUGUAUAUACAUUUAGUAUAUUGGAUAAGAAAAUUUGGUUUCGAAAUUAUCAAAUAGUUGAAGAAGAUGGAUCUUUAGCAGAAAUUGGACCACGAUUUGUAUUGAAUCCGAUUAAAAUAUUUGAUGGAAGUUUUGGUGGCCAGGUCCUUUAUACAAAUCCAAAUUAUGUUGCACCUAGCACAUAUCGAAAAGCUCUGCAGUUGAAAGCUUCAUAUGAAUAUAAGAACAGAGUAGAAGCAAAGAAAUCAUUGGAGAUGAGGCGUCCAGAAGUAUCAUAUAAUUUGGAUCCUUUAAAUGAAAUAUUCCAAACGAUUCCCGCUGAAGAAGCUAAGGGAAAAGAGAAGCAUACUUUUUACCGAAGUAAAGAUUAAUAUUUUAAAUUGUAAAUGUAAAUUUGUUAUCAUAUAAAGUAUUUGAAAUUAAUAUAUAGUAAGUGAU